AUGUCGGAAUUCAUAGUAGGAGGGCAAAAGAUUGACCCUGAGAAGACGGAGAACAUGGAAGAGAUUGAAAUGCAGUUUGCCGUGAAGGCAGUGCAUCAAGCCGAAACAUACUGGUCAUUAUUGGAAAAAGUUCCUGGCUCUCAGUUGAGACUCACCAAGUAUGACAAUGAGAUCUUCAACAAGUUGUUGGAAGAUUUUCCCGAAUUUAAGGAGAAAUCCGCAGCAGCCUCUAUAAACGAGGACGAGAUGAAGUCAGCUCAAGGUAAAGCUAAAUGGAGAAGCUUCAUUGAGAGUUUUAGCGAUAUUGAAGAGUACAAUUUCGGAACACUUUUAAGAUUAAAGGCUGAUGAGGAGUAUGGUCAAGAUACAACCAUGUUUGCAGUAAGGAUGCAGUUCUAUGCUAUUGAGAUUGCUAGGAACAGGUAUGGAUUGAAUGAUUGGAUCUAUGAAAGUGCAAAGAAAUGA